AGAGAUAAGUUAUCCCAACCAGGACAGGAGCUUUUCCUGACCUUAAGAAUGGGUUAGGCCUAUCUUCUCACAAACGGGUGUGGUAAGUGCCCUUUGAACUUUAACUUCCACCUCUCCCCUGGCACUGACGUUGUCGUGUUAUUCCCAUGCCAACCUGUAGGGGGACUGGCAAAGGGAAAGACAUCAGCACUAUCAAGUCUCUGAGAGUACUGAGGGUACUACGACCUCUCAAGACCAUCAAACGACUCCCCAAGCUAAAGGCUGUGUUUGACUGUGUGGUGAACUCUCUGAAGAACGUCCUGAACAUCCUCAUCGUCUACAUGCUCUUCAUGUUUAUAUUUGCUGUGGUGGCUGUGCAGCUGUUCAAAGGCAGAUUCUUCUACUGCACUGACGAGUCCAAGGAGUUUGAGCGCGAUUGCAGGGGAGAGUUUUUGGUGUACGAACGGAAUGAAGUAAAAGCUGAGAAGCGGGAGUGGAAGAAGUACGAUUUCCACUACGACAACGUGCCUUGGGCCCUGCUCACCCUCUUCACUGUGUCCACUGGAGAGGGCUGGCCGCAGGUGUUAAAGCAUUCGGUAGAUGCGACCUAUGAGAAUCAGGGUCCCAGUCCGGGCUACCGGAUGGAGAUGUCCAUCUUUUACGUGGUGUACUUCGUUGUCUUCCCCUUCUUCUUCGUCAAUAUCUUUGUUGCUCUCAUCAUCAUCACCUUCCAAGAACAGGGGGAUAAGAUGAUGGAGGACUACAGUCUGGAAAAGAAUGAGAGAGGAUGUAUAGACUUUGCCAUAAACGCCAAGCCCCUGACCCGCCACAUGCCCAAGAACAAGCAGAGCUUCCAGUUCCGAAUGUGGUCGUUUGUGGUGUCCCCACCGUUCGAGUACAGCAUCAUGGGUCUGAUCGCACUCAAUACUAUAGUCCUCAUGAUGAAGUAUAAUGGGGCGUCUGACACCUAUGAUAAAGUCCUGAAGAACAUCAACAUCGUCUUCACUACCCUCUUCUUCAUGGAGUGUAUUCUCAAGAUCAUCGCCUUCGGGGUUUUGAAUUAUUUUAAAGACGCUUGGAACAUUUUUGAUUUUGUCUCCGUGCUCGGAAGCUUCACUGAUAUCCUGGUGACAGAAUUUUGGAAUAACUUCAUCAACCUGAGUUUCCUUCGACUGUUUCGAGCGGCUCGUCUCGUCAAGCUACUGAGACAAGGAGAGACUAUACGCAUCCUGCUCUGGACUUUCGUCCAGUCAUUUAAGGCGCUGCCCUAUGUGUGCCUCCUCAUCGGCAUGCUGUUCUUUAUCUACGCCAUCAUUGGGAUGCAGUUGUUUGGUAAUCUGGCACUGGGCGAGGACGAAGGCAGUGCCAUCAACGAAAACAACAACUUCAGGACUUUCAUCAUGGCACUCAUGUUACUAUUCAGGAGUGCGACAGGUGAGGCGUGGCAUGACAUCAUGCUGUCGUGUCUGGGGGGUAAGAAGUGUGACCCAGACUCAGGGAACACAGAACCAGAGUGUGGCAGCACCUUCGCAUACACAUACUUCGUCUCCUUCAUCUUCUUCUGUUCUUUCCUGAUGCUGAAUCUGUUUGUGGCUGUCAUCAUGGAUAACUUUGAGUACCUGACCAGAGACUCAUCUAUUCUGGGUCCUCAUCACCUGGACGAGUACGUCAGGAUAUGGGCCGAGUAUGACCCCGCUGCCUGCGGCCGAAUCACUUACAAUGACAUGUAUCAGAUGCUCAGGCACAUGUGUCCACCGUUAGGCCUGGGGAAGAGGUGCCCUGCCCGGGUCGCCUACAAGAGGCUGCUGCGCAUGGACUUGCCGGUUGCCGAGGACAACUCAGUGCAUUUCAACUCCACCCUCAUGGCUCUGAUUCGGACAGCGCUCGAUAUCAAGAUCGCCAAGGGAGGAGCUGACAAACAUCAGAUGGACGCUGAGCUAAGGAAAGAAAUGAUGGCCAUUUGGCCCAACCUCUCUCAGAAGAACCUAGACCUGCUGGUCACGCCACACAAGUCAGCCACAGACCUGACGGUGGGGAAGAUCUACGCUGCCAUGAUGAUCAUGGAGUAUUACAGACAGAGCAAGGCCAAGAAGCUCCAGGCCCUACGCGAGGAGCAGAACCGAACACCGUUAAUGUUUCAGCGCAUGGAGCCGCCCUCCCCUGGGGGAGGAGAAGGGGGAGGAGGGGGAGGCCCCGACGGGACGGGAGGAGGGAUGCCAGGGGUCAACGGCCUCCCCGCCACACAGCACGACCCUAACAGCAUACCUCCAGAGGGUGGGAUGACAGAGAGCCAGUCGUGGGUAACAGCUAAAGCUCAGGAGAUGUUUAACAAGACGGGCAACUGGAGCCCAGAGAGACCCUACCCCGACCAUCUCCAUGACAACAGACACAACCCCCAGACGCUAGAGAUGAGAAAGAUGGGGCGGGACGGGUACUCGGAAACUGAGCCCUGUCACCCAAUGCGAAUGGACAGGCAUGGUCGGACCAUCUCCAUGCCCCGCCUCUCAGACGACAACCAAAGUGUACACGAUGCUGCGCGGAGACGACACAGGCCCCGUGGACAUAACCACCUCAGUACCAUAACAGACACCAGCCCCAUGCGUCGGUCCACCUCCUCUCUGGUCCACGGGCGUUCUGGCAGGGAGAGGGGGGUGAGGCUGGAUGACUACAGCCUGGAGAGGGUAGAAGGAGAGGGGAGGCACGGUGGGGGAGCAGGAGGGGGACAACGCAGGGACAGGAGGGACAGGAGCCACCGCACCUCUCAGAGGUCCCUUACCAGAUACACAGACGCAGACACAGGGUUGGGCACAGACCUGAGCACUACCACCCAGUCUGGAGAACUCCCCCCCAAAGAGCGUGAACGCGAACGCGGUCGAGCCAAAGACCGCAGGCACCACCAUCAUCACCACCACCACGGUGGCUCCAUGGAGAAGGAGGGGCGCUUCGGGCCAGACAGACACGGGCCAGAGUUCACCCACAGACACCCCCACGACCGGGGGGACAGACACUGGUCACGCUCUCCUAGUGAGGGGCCCGACGGACGGGGCCAUAGACAGGGCAGUAGCUCGGUGAGCGGCAGCCCCGUCCCCUCCACGUCCGGUACCUCCACCCCCCGCCGCGGGCGCCGCCAGCUGCCCCAGACCCCCGCCGUGCCACGCCCCCACGUCACCUACUCCCCAGCCAUACGACACCCCAAGCCCACCUACGGAGCAGGUCCCCCUGGACGACUCCGCUCCCCCUCCCCCCGACACUUCUCCCCCCCAGAGCACGACGGAGGGGGGUAUCACCGCCCGCCAUCGCGUCACGUUUCCCCGCUUGAGCAUGGAGGGUCGAGGCACGGGUCUCCGAGAUCGGCCCGGCACCAGUCGGGGUCUCGUUCACCUCCGCCCCACCAUGGGUCACCCCGGUCCCCCCGCCACGGGCGCUGGAGCGGUCCCCCUCCCGGGGAUAGUCUGGAGAGCGAGGGCGGCCCAUUCUAUGAGCGUGACUGCGAGUACGAGCGCCAGCAUGAGCCGCCCGCCUACGAGCAGAGCCUCAGCAACCCACAUCCCCACGGCAACCCCCACCCGCACGGCAACCCGCACCCACGCUCCCCCAGGACUGCCCGGCACGGGGGCGGCGUGGGCCCACCACCUCCACUUGCUCCCACUCACCCCCGACGAGUCCCAAAUGGUUACCGCUCGUCUUCGCCCUCCCCGCACCGGCGAGGGCCCCCACAUCAACACCCCAAUCCAGGGGGACCACCCCACCGGUCCCCCCCUCAUCACCGGGUCCCCCAUGGAGGCCCCAGAGGCCCCCGGAAGGGACUGCACGAACCCUACAGCGAGACGGACGAGGACGACUGGUGCUAGCACAGCGAAGGAACAGAAGAACGAGGGAGGAGAGGAAGAGAGGAAAAGGAGGGAGGAGAGGAGUCUCUCCGUCUCCCCCGUCCUCUGUUCUUUGUUAUGCAGACUUGAAUGAAGGGUAAAGGGAUGCAGAAGGGGGUGAGGAAAGGAAAGGAGGAGAGGAGAAUUUGGGAGAAGUCUCUCCAUCUCUCUACCUCCACCCCUGAGACUCAGACUUGGAUGGAAUGAUGAGGGAUGGAGGGAUGGUUAGAGGAGAGGAGGCACACUGUGUGGGUGUGUGAGACUCUAAACUCAGAGCAGACAUGACAAAGAGAGACAGCUAUAAGGCAGAACUACGCACCUCUCCUCUUCUCCUCUGUCUCAACUACCAUACCCAGAGUUCUCAGCGUGCCCAGGGGGGAGUAGACCGAGGGAUGGUGGAGAGGUGCUGACGGAGGUGUGGAGAGGGAAGAAAGAACAAAAGAAUGAAAGGAAGGGAGGAGCAUGUAUAUUAAGUUACAAGUGGCCAAUGAAUGGUAAAUCAAAGCCCUUCUCCCAUACUGUUUAGGGGAUAGGUGGGUUAGUUAAGUUAAGCUAAACCUGGGUGCUCUUGCUGUUCUGUCAUUCUAUUCUACUAGCCUGAUAAGUGUUAGGAGCUAACAGCUAAACGCUAGCUAGCUAACACUGCUCUUGGUCUAACCUAGACGGACAUGUUUAAAAAAACAACAAGGAAAACCCAUGCCAGGACCCCCUAUCCUUAUACACGCCAAGCUAUGCCUCCAGAAAAAUCUAACUUGAAGACUAAAGAACAGAAAACAAAAACAAACUUUGAAAAAAAAGAGGAGAAAAAAAGGGAGAACAACCACUUUAACUUAAACUUUCCUUAAAGGGACUAGAACCAGGAAGCUCCGCCUCUACUGCAAAAACCAGCCAAUGACAGAGCUGGCUGAUAUUUGAUGAGUUUUAUCAUCUCCUGUUUACUGUUACAGACUCACGAAAUGCUGACGACAGACCUGGUGUGACCUCACUUCCGGUGGGUGGGGCCUGGUGUGACAUCACGUCCUGUUCCGGUGGGUGGGGCCACAGGGGAGGGGCUGGGGGCAGAGUUAUGGACCCUUAGGGGGCGUAGUUUGUUUGCCCCCACUAUCUUCUCUCCCCCCUUCCUCUCUCCUCCAUCCUGCCGAAAAAGAAAGGACAGGGAAGGAAAAUGAUGUGAGGAGGAGCGGAAAGACAGAAGGGAAGGGAGGGAAAAGACCAUUUCUUCAGUAUUUCUUCUAUCGAUUACUUCUUCUUCUUCUAGUUCUUCUUCUUGGACAUUGGAGCUUGGUUCUUCUGUUGCGUUCGCUCAAGCCUCUGUUAAUCCGUUAUGAUGCAUGAAAAAAAUACCUAGAGAGAAAAUCUACUGUUGGGGAUAUGGGGGCAUAUUGGCUUUAUAGAACACUUACAUUUUAGGUUUUGAUUGAAGAAGUUCUCUUUUUCUGACUCUCUCUCUCUCUCUCUCUCUCUCUCUGACUCUGACUCUGACUCUCUCUCUCUGUCUCUCUCUGUCUCUCUCUCUCUCUCUCUCUCUCUCUCUCUCUCUCUCUCUCUCUCUCUCUCUCUCUCUCUCUCUCUCUCUCUCUCUCUCUCUCUCUCUCUCUCUCUCUCUCUCUCUCUCUCUCUCUCUCUCUCUCUCUCUCUCUCUCUCUCUCUCUCUCUCUGACUCUGUCUAUCAUCAUGCGUUUGUUUAUUGAGUAAAUAUUUGUUCUAUAUCACCCUAAGGAUCCGAUGGACAACCUUUUUUAAGUUUGAUUUCCGCCCAAUAGGGUUUUAAAGCUACCAUUUUCUUAUCUUGAAAGUACUCCUAAGUUCCUGAGAUACUCCUAAAUUUUACUAAGAUACUCCUGUUGUACUAAGAUAUUCCUAAAUUGUUUUGAGGAAUAAGUAAGAAUUGAGAGAGCUAUGAGGAGAGAGAACUUCAACCUCUUUAAAUAAUUGAUUUGUAUUGUUAAUAAUGAUGAUAGUCCUAUAAAUACUGAUAUCAAUGUCAAUGCAAAACGAUCAAUGAUGAUAGUUGUUUGCCGUAGAUCUGUUGUCAUGUUUUUUGGAGUUUCAAUCUGCUGUGUCAUCUAGUUUUCAUUGUUUAUUUUCCUUGGGUUCUGUUCAAACUGUUUCCAAACUGUUUCCAAACUGUUUCCAAACUGUUUCCAAACUGUUUCCAAACUGUUCCAAACUGUUUCCAAACUGUUUCCAAACUGUUCCAAACUGUUUCCAAACUGUUCCAAACUGUUCCAAACUGUUUCCAAACUGUUUCCAAACUGUUUCCAAACUGUUUCCAAACUGUUCCAAAACGCCUUUAACUGGGUCCGAUACAUGCAACACGCAUAAACUUUUCAGGGAGGGGUUAGAUGUCGGAUUGUGAUUGUGAGCAACACAGAUGGAACUGUGUGGCGUUGUGUAACGCAGCUCUUUACCUCUGAUAGGUCCCCCUCAGUGGUAGACAGAGAACCGGGGACACGUUCAGUAGCCAAAUGUUGUCAAAGGUUGCAGAUAGAAAUGUCAUUAACAGAGCCGACGUGGUUCUUCAUUCUACGUGUAAGAGAUGCAUGUUUGUUCUAAAUAGCAUUUUUCUAUCCAAGCGUUCCAAAAACAUUGUGUCCUGCUGAGUGCGCCCCAGUCAUAGCCAAAUGAACCGGCCAACCAACCAACCGUCAGACCUCCACACAGUAUCUGAUUUACAGCUAGCUGUGGACCAUAGAGUUAGAAAGAGGACUUAUACUGGGAUAUAUCCACCUAGAGCCCUCUUUCUACCUCUAUGUUGUGAACGAGCUCCACCUCACAUCCCCAAGAGCUCUCCCCUCGCUGUCGAGUCUCUCUGUCUUUCUGAUGUUCCAUGACAUGUUUAGCAUUGAGCUGCUUGCUUUACCAAGCCAGAGGAGAACAUUCUAGAAACAUUUUAGAAUCUCUAAGACAUUCUAGAAACUCUAGUCUAGACUCUAGAAACUCUAGUACAUUCUAGAGCAUUCUUUAGACAGGUUAGCUAACAUGAUUGUUUCCAGAUGUUUUGGAUUAAAACAUAUUUAUUUUGCUAUGAUUACAGUUAUGUAGAUUGUAACAGAUAUUCCCUAUCAUAACUCGUAAAAUGAUAGAUACAAUAUAGAGAUAUAAAAGUUUAUAUAUUAUAGAGAGAAAAACAUACUUUUAUUUACUUCAAACACUCUAGCCAAGUCGCUAGAGCUCAGAAACUCUCCAUUGAAAUCAGCUACACAGAUUCAAAUUGCACUUUGUCACUGUAGCUCCACACAAUAUCCCACUACAAACUCUAUGCAGAUCUAUCCAACAUUAAUUUCUCCUUUACCAUUAUAGUGCAGAGUGGUUGUAGCAUUAUAAAUAAAUGACAAUAUGUACGUGGGCACAUAGAAAUAGAAUGUGUAGAACAGGCCUCCCAAUUCAAGUCAAUGAUGGCAUAUCUAUAGAUUAUAUUUCUAUGGGUCAGAUAGUGUAGUGUCAGAUAGUGUAUAUACAGCGUUUUGAUAUAGAUGGAUAGAACUAUAUAGAUAGAGGGUAUGCCCACAUCGUUUUGCUUUUGCACAAUCACUCACGAUAUCCCUGUCCUUCAUAGCACAUCUUUCCUUUAAUUUUGACCCUCCUGCAGUGUUUUGUCCUCUCCUGCUCCCUCUAUCCUUCUCCCAAGCUGUCCAAUCCCAGGCCUAGUGUAGUGUAGUGAACUGGGAAGGGGAGCGGGGGCACAUAUACCACCCCUGCCCUCCGUAUAGGUAGGUCCAGAGAGAGAGGGGGGGACCUACAUCAGAGGGGUGUUUAUCUACCCAGAAACCCCAGUGCCUCAGUGCCUUCUGUUUUCAGAGUCACAUCUACCCUUCCCAGCUCGCCCCUCACCAUCCCCCUCUCCCCCUCCUGUGGUUGAUCAACGUCAACCACACUACGCCUUAAAGAGUCCUAGUCGCUGUCUGUGGGCAGGUAGCGGUUGGGAGCAAGGCAGUAGGGACUGGGCUUUGCUUAGUUGGUUGGAACAGUGAGUAAAGCGCAGGAAGAGAGGGGAAUGGAAACUACUUUUGAUAUGGCGGCCAUUUUGGGGAUCUCCUUCGCCCAGUUUCACACAGUGUAGUGAGAUACUGUAAUUGCAGGGGCGAAAAGGCAAUGAUUUGUUUACUUCUCAGGUGUCUCUAGAGAUAGAUAGAUAGAAUCUACACUAUAUAAUAGGCACGCUAAGGCAGUUAGUCAGUUAUAUCAUAUAAUAUGAUAUCAAUUUAUAAAAUCAUAUGAAAAAAUAUAGGCCUAAGGGUUUGAGUUACUGUAUGGUUUGUUAUCUGGCAUGGGCAUUUGUAAUGUCUACCCUUCUCCCCUUAACCUCCAUUACAGACCACCUACCAUUCAUCAUGAAUCUGCCGCUGAAAACUACUUGCACUUGACACUGUGGGUGUCCACUGAUCAGGCAGGAAACUGCCUACUCCAUUUCGGCUCAGCAGCACCAACAUGCUUGUCCAGAAUUGUAACUGCGGAUCCAAAAUGGCUGACAUCGACACACAACACUGCCGUUGUUGCAUGUUGUGUGGAUUGUGUGCUCCAACCAUUAUAAAAUGAAUGACCAUUUUAAGGGGUUUAUUUUGUUUAUUAAAAAAAAAAAUCCAGAAGAUUUGUGAAAAGGAGGAUUUACGGAAGUUUCUAGUUUACUCUCAAUCGUUCAUCCAUCCAUCCUACGUUCCUAUCCAUUUAUUUUUUGUCUUUCCUUUCUAUUUCUGAUGUGACUUCUUGAUCAAGUCUCUUUUCCUCCUCUUUGACAAAGCAGACAACCUCCGAAAGCCAAUCCAACCCCAUUCACUCAAUCAAUCAACUGUUGUGCGUUUGUGAAAUGAUGUAAAUGAUUGGUGUGUGAGGCUAGUGUGUGUUGAUCCAGAAAUAAGGGCUCUCCUAACAAACUAAAGGGGUUUCAUGUGCAGGUACAGUAGUGCUGCCAAAAGUAAUUUGUAUGUAUCUCAAACCAUACAGUGGUGUGGUCUCCCCUUGUACAGCACUAGGUGUGUGCAUGCGUGUGUGUUGGGGUCAAGGGUCAGGGUGAGAGAGUCUAUGUGGGGGGGGCACAGCAGGGUGUACGUUCCGCUGAGGUGAAACGUUCUGGUAUGUUCUGCUGAGGUGAAACGUUCUGGUAUGUUCUGCUGAGGUGAAACGUUCUGCUGAGGUGAAACGUUCUGGUAUGUUCUGCUGAGGUGAAACGUUCUGCUGAGGUGAAACGUUCUGGUAUGUUCUGCUGAGGUGAAACGUUCUGCUGAGGUGAAACGUUCUGGUAUGUUCUGCUGAGGUGAAACGUUCUGGUAUGUUCUGCUGAGGUGAAACGUUCUGCUGAGGUGAAACGUUCCGGAAAAGAACAGAUAGAAAUGUAAUGAAUAGAGCUGACACGACACCCUUUUCUGUCAGCAUAUCCUGACAAGCAUAUCCGUUCUACUUGAUGCAUUUCUAUCUGAUUGUUUUCUGUAACAUUUGCACCCUCCCAGACCCCGGUUAGAAGUAGUGUCACAAGUCACAUUAUUUCACAAAUGGCACUGGAACAUUCUUGGUUCAUUUUCUAGCUCCGCCUUCUUCCGCUUGCCAAUACAGCCUUCAUUAUGAUGUCAUCAGCUGCCAUUUUCUCAUUGACCUCCACCUGCAUCCCCCAGCUCAUUUUGGAGUGGAGGGUCACCAACCUCAUCAGGGCUGGGUUUACUGGCAUGACAGUGAGACAUUGUUCUGUGUCUGUGUGUUGUGUUUGUGUGUGUUUGCUACAUGUGUGCUUGUGCGUGUGUGAGUGAGAGAGUGUGUGCGUGUGUGAGUGCAUGUGUUCACACCUCAUCUACAGUAAGUUAUCUUCAGUGCCUUACACUGUACAGUAGGAACCAAAUCUUCUUUGUAGAUAAACAACACACACUGCACUGAAUAACGCUUUCAUAAUGUUUCCAUAAUGUUUUCUCUCCAACUGUUCUCUUCUCUCCAUCCAGUAUUACCUCACCUACCAUCCUAUUCCUUCUCUCUCUGUGAUCGACGAGUAAGGUCUGGAGGGAGGGCAUGGGUGAAUGAAUAGGUGAUCGUUGUGUUGGGUCUGUCAUCAUUCUCUUUCUCUCUCUGUACAUUUGCUCUGUAAACUCUUCCUGUGUACAUCUUCCAUAAACUUUCUGAAACAAUCCGACCAUGUCCAUCUAUUUUCUCUUUUAUCGCCCCUACAUUUAUUUUUCAACGUUUACAUUUCAAUCAUUUAGCAGAUGUUCUAAUCCAGAGCGACAUAGUGUCGACAACAUCACUCCCACUCUUGCUUGAAGUCUCACUCAAGUGAUGUCCAUUUCCAUGUAAUACCAUACAUGAACACAAGGUGGUGCACUCAUGCUUUAAACAGAGUAUACAUUGGUUGACAUAACGCACCAUUCAAAGGCCUAUGUGUAUGUUGUCAUUACAUUGUUUUCGCAGGAGAACGGGUGAGUAUCGUGUGUGUAUGUGCGCAUGUGCAUGUUUGGAGGCUUCUGUGUGUGUGUGUGUGUGUGUGUGUGUGUGUGUGUGUGUGUGUGUGUGUGUGUGUGUGUGUGUGUGUGUGUGUGUGUGUGUGUGUGUGUGUGUGUGUGUGUGUCUGCACGUGCCAAAACGCACACAGCGACAACACCGAGAUUCUUGACAACUAUGGGUGUGAUUGAAUCCCUAGAGAUGUGUGGAGCGUCUUCUACUGUCACCAUGGAAACCCUCAAGGCCCCUCACUCUUCAUUCCAUACAGUCUCCCAACCAUCACCUUAUAAUAUCCCAAUACCAUCAAUUUGUCCCAUAGACACUGAUUUAAGAUCCAUUUUCAGUGUUAGCCUCCUUAUGGUGAAGCAUAGGAGUGAGGUGGGGUGAAUCUGCAGUAGAAACCAUAUCAGUCCAGUGCCACAGUAGAAACCAUACCAUAUCAGUCCAGUGCCACAGUAGAAACCAUACCAUAUCAGUCCAGUGCCACAGUAGAAACCAUACCAUAUCAGUCCAGUGCCACAGUAGAGAACCAUACCAUAUCAGUCCAGUGCCACAGUAGAAACCAUACCAUAUCAGUCCAGUGCCACAGUAGAGAACCAUACCAUAUCAGUCCAGUGCCACAGUAGAAACCAUACCAUAUCAGUCCAGUGCCACAGUAGAAACCAUACCAUAUCAGUCCAGUGCCACAGUAGAGAACCAUACCAUAUCAGUCCAGUGCCACAGUAGAAACCAUACCAUAUCAGUCCAGUGCCACAGUAGAGAACCAUACCAUAUCAGUCCAGUGCCACAGUAGAAACCAUACCAUAUCAGUCCAGUGCCACAGUAGAAACCAUACCAUAUCAGUCCAGUGCCACAGUAGAGAACCAUACCAUAUCAGUCCAGUGCCACAGUAGAAACCAUACCAUAUCAGUCCAGUGCCACAGUAGAAACCAUACCAUAUCAGUCCAGUGCCACAGUAGAAACCAUACCAUAUCAGUCCAGUGCCACAGUAGAGAACCAUACCAUAUCAGUCCAGUGCCACAGUAGAAACCAUACCAUAUCAGUCCAGUGCCACAGUAGAGAACCAUACCAUAUCAGUCCAGUGCCACAGUAGAGAACCAUACCAUAUCAGUCCAGUGCCACAGUAGAGAACCAUACCAUAUCAGUCCAGUGCCACAGUAGAAACCAUACCAUAUCAGUCCAGUGCCACAGUAGAGAACCAUACCAUAUCAGUCCAGUGCCACAGUAGAGAACCAUACCAUAUCAGUCCAGUGCCACAGUAGAGAACCAUACCAUAUCAGUCCAGUGCCACAGUAGAGAACCAUACCAUAUCAGUCCAGUGCCACAGUAGAGAACCAUACCAUAUCAGUCCAGUGCCACAGUAGAGAACCAUACCAUAUCAGUCCAGUGCCACAGUAGAGAACCAUACCAUAUCAGUCCAGUGCCACAGUAGAGAACCAUACCAUAUCAGUCCAGUGCCACAGUAGAGAACCAUACCAUAUCAGUCCAGUGCCACAGUAGAGAACCAUACCAUAUCAGUCCAGUGCCACAGUAGAGAACCAUACCAUAUCAGUCCAGUGCCACAGUAGAGAACCAUACCAUAUCAGUCCAGUGCCACAGUAGAGAACCAUACCAUAUCAGUCCAGUGCCACAGUAGAGAACCAUACCAUAUCAGUCCAGUGCCACAGUAGAAACCAUACCAUAUCAGUCCAGUGCCACAGUAGAGAACCAUACCAUAUCAGUCCAGUGCCACAGUAGAGAACCAUACCAUAUCAGUCCAGUGCCACAGUAGAGAACCAUACAGGACUGGAGUCAUUUUAGGAAGCAAGAAGAGAAAAUACACUACAUAACUACAUGGCAAUUUAAGAUAAAAAGAGAAGUAUUUAAAUAACAGAUUUGCAUGUGCAAUGUGCAUGCCACUACGUGGGGUUAAAUAAGUCAACUUCAGGAAUAAAAUAAAAAAAAUAUAUAUAUAUAAAGAUAAAAAAAAGUAUAUUAUAUAUAUAUGUAUAAAUAUAUAUAGAUAGAUGUUUUUAAGAGCAAUGUGUUCCUUUUUCUUCUAUUUUUAAAAACAAAAAACUGGAGAGAAAAAACUUGGACAAAAAAUAGAUAGAAAAUCUUUAAAAAGAAGAACUUUGGUGAUGUAAUGAAAGAAUGUUUUUGUUUGUUACUUGCCAGUUAUUCACUAAAGAGGGGGAACUGCGACGGUGGGGAGGUCGACCAUUUAACACUAAACUAAAUGUUGAAACAUUACAUUACAACAACAAAAAUUAAGAAAAGAUCAACAUGGAAUGAAGGAAUACAUUUUUCCUUAAUUAAAGAAAAAGAAAAAUCCCUUGAUUGAGAGUCUUGAGAGCUGAUGAUUGUGAUUAUGAUGUUACCCGUUUAUUCCGGCUAUGAAAUCUAUUUUUUUCUUGCUCUCUCUAUCUCUCUGCUAUUUCUACCAGUGCAUUUUGUUACUCCGAACUGAACUCUUCCUAAGGAACCUGAAUAAAACCACAGAGAGAAUGCA